GUUAUUGCUGAUCCAGCUAUGGUUUGUAAAUUAAAGCCCGACGAGAGAAAGGGCUUCAGACAGAGAAGUACAGGCUGUGUUUUUUUAAGAAUGGCUUUUUAAGAAGAGUUUUGUUUCUUUUCUAACUUGCAUUGACAGAAUCCUUUUUCAUACAAACUCUGUCGGUGAACGAAAUUAUUCUUGUCAUAAUGAGUAGAGUAUUAAAUAAGUUUGGGUGACCACUCCCAGUAAAACUCUGCAGCAGGCCUCACUCACUGUCAGCUGACAGGUGGAAUUUGACCUCUGGCUGCCGGAGAAGUGUUUGUCUCUCUGGGAAACAUGGAGCUGUCAGCUCUCCCCGGGUUUCUCUUCAUGUUAUUUGACAGAUUUGCUACGCUGGCCAUGUUCUUCACGGUGUUUGCCCUGGUCUUUGACUUCAUGAAGAGACGCAAGUGUCAGAAUUACCCACCUGGGCCCCGGGGCUGGCCUUUCAUUGGGAACAUUCUUCAGGUGGACUGGAACAACCCCCACUUGUCAUUUGCCAAGCUGUGGAAGCACUAUGGUGAUGUGGUGGGUGUGCAGUUCGGAUGGACCAACACAGUGAUACUGAAUGGCUAUGAAACCCUAAAAGAAGCACUUGUGAAAAAAUCGGAGGAUUUUGCCGACCGGCCACAGUUUCCAAUAUAUGAGGAUAUCUUUAAGACCACAGGGGAAGGUAUCGUCUUUGCAAGAUAUGGCCCUUGGUGGAGAGAACAGAGAAGAUUUUCACUUUCGACGCUGAGAAACUUUGGGCUCGGAAAGAGAUCUCUGGAGACAAGAACCAUUGAGGAGGCUGAAUUUUUAAACAAAGAAUUUGAAAAUGCAAAAGGUCUUCCUUUUGACCCGAACAUCAAUCUCAACAAUGCAACCUCAAACGUUAUCUGCUCAAUUGUCUUUGGAGAACGGUUUGACUAUCAAGAUGAAAAAUUCCAUAAAUUCCUUCAUUAUGUCAGAGAAAGUUUUGUCUUGGAAGGUGGAUUUUGGGGUCCGGUGCUAAACUCGUUCCCCUUCAUUCGCCAUCUCCCGGGUCCACACCAGAAAAUAUUCAAAAAUCAACAGCUGAUCGUCCAAUUCAUUCAGAACAUAAUCACGAAGCCUGAAGAAAUAUGGUCCCCUGAUGAGACCAGGGACUUCAUAGAUGCUUUCUUAACUGAGCAGGAGAAGAUGAAGCAUGAUCCCAAGACAAGUUUUCUGAAAUCCAAUUUGUUAGGGACGGUUAUAGACCUCUUUGUUGCUGGAACUGAGACCACCUCCACUACCCUGCGCUGGGCCCUACUCUUCAUGGUUCUCCAUCCAGACGUGCAAUCUAAAGUGCAGGAAGAGAUUGACAGUGUAAUUGGGAAGGAGAGAAAGCCAGCAUUGGAAGACCGUGAGGAAAUGCCAUACACUAAUGCUGUUAUCCAUGAAACCCAACGGGCAGGAAAUAUUGCUCCCAUUUCACUUCCUCAUCAAACAUACAGAGAUACAGAGGUCAUGGGCUACACAAUCCCAAAGGGAACAAUAAUCAUCCCAAACCUUUCCUCCGCCUUGUUUGAUGAGAACGUUUGGUCAACUCCACAUCAGUUUAAUCCAGGUCACUUCCUCAACUCAGAGGAGAGGUUUGUGAAACCAGAAUCCUUCAUCCCAUUCUCUGCAGGUCGCCGUGUGUGCCUAGGGGAGCAGCUGGCAAAGACUGAACUCUUCCUGUUCUUCACCUCCAUGCUCCAACAGUUCACAUUCUAUCUCCCAGAAAAUGAGCCAAGACCAAGCUGCACAGAAUCCAUAUUUGGAAUCACCCUGAGUCCAUGUGCUUAUUGCCUGUGUGUUAAACUCAGAUAAGAUGUAUGGGGGGAGGGUGGGCGAGGUCUUCAGGAGCAGUGAGGAGUCAUACACCUUCUUCAAAUUAUAGAACAGAAUAAAAUAUCCUUGAUUGUCA